AGCAGUUCCGUUAUAAAGAUAUAUCAUUUCUCUCUCUACCUCUAUAAAUGCUUCUGGAGUGGCGAGAGGAAGAGGAUUUGAAACGAAUCUCUGUCUUACUUCUUGCCGAGGACAGACGAGGUCCGAGGAGAUGCAGACGAGAACUAUUCGAGUCGCAAACAUAUCAUAUCUGGUGAAAGAGAGGGAGAUCCGUGAGUUUUUCUCCUUCUCUGGCGACAUCGAACGCAUCGAGAUCCGAGGUGAAGGCGGAAUUCGAAGAGUCGCGUUUGUUACCUUUAAAGAUUCGAAAGCGCUGGAGAUUGCUUUACUGCUAUCGGGAGCCACCAUUGUUGACCAGAUUGUGACUAUAACUCCUGCUGAAGAUUAUGUCCCAAGAAUUGAUGAGCAAGUUAAGGAAAAUGAUGUGACAAUUGAUAUCCCUGUCGAAAUCUAUGCUUCAACACACGAUGUCUCUGCAAACUCGAGUGGUGGAAGUAGUUCAAGAAAUGGACGGGUUUAUGUCACUAAAGCUCAAGGUGCCGUGGCAGCCGUGUUUGCAAAGGGUUCAGCGAUUAGACAAGAUGCUAUUAACAGAGCUAAAGCAUUUGAUGAGAAGCAUCGUUUGAUGGCUACGGCUUCAGAAAAAGUAGUUUCUUUCGACAAACGGGUUGGUUUUACGGAGAAAUUGACAGUUGGAAUCUCUGUGGUGAACGAGAAAGUUAAGUCAGCAGAGCAAAGGCUGAAUGAUACUGGUUCAGCCGUCAAAACUAACAGGUACAUAACUGCUGGGACAGCUUGGCUGCAAGGUGCCUUUGAUAAAGUGGCAGUGGCUGGCCAUGUUGCGACAGCAAAAACAAGGGAGAAGUUUCAAUUGGCCAUGACAAAUAUGACUUCCAAGGAUCGAGUUGUAGCUGUAUAAACUAGGAGUCAGUUAGUAGUGGCAGAGAACGACUUGUAUUUCUAAAUCCCCUUAUGACAUGUCAGCACGAGUUGUUUGAUGAUUGCUUUUGUUCAUUGUUUCAUUGUGUAGAUUUUUUUUCUUCCCUUAGACACAAUAUGAAUGGUGCAUUCUUUUCUUUGUGAUGAAUUUUGUUACCCUACAAUGAGUGCUAUUUGGAUAUUUUCGUACAA